AUGCCGCGCUUCCAAGUGGGAUGGACCCAGUACAUACCCUUUCUCGGGUACCACCAUGUGCUCAUGAUUCUUAUCGCCGUUGCCAUUAUCCUCCUCUCUCUUCUCCUCGCCGGCUGCUCGUCGUCGUCGCCCCUCAUCCCCAACAUCUUCCUGCUGUCGCUCUACUACAAGAGCUACGAGGCCACGCCGGACACGUCACAGGUGUACUACAAUGUCCACACGGCGCUGUCCAACAUUGCCGGCGGCGCGCAGCUCCAGGCGCGCGUCGGGUACUUUGGCAUCUGCGUCAACCCCGACGGCGGGUCGUGGCUCUGCAGCAACAAUGCGACGGCCCUGGCGAGACAGGUCAGCCAGGACCAGGAUCCCCUGAACUUGAUCUGGCUGGCGGCGCAGUUUAAAGACAUGAUUGUCUUUCCCUACCUGAUAAUCAUUGCCAUCAUCUUUGCCUUUAUCUGCGUCCUCUUGCUCGCCAGCUUUCCCUCGUGGUACGAAGAGGAUGACUCGGAGGGCUCGGAGCGCGUCGUCCGUCCCAUUCCUUCGCGCGCCCUCUCCCAGGUCUCGCUCGCCAUCAUCUUCAUCGCGUCCAUUUUCGUGCUCGUCUCGGUGCUGUGGCAGCACACGGCGUCGGUGGCCGCGUCCGUCAUUGCCCAAGACUUUGGCAACGGCGUCGUCAAGUCGGGCGUUGGCACCGCCGCCAUGGUGCUCGGCUGGUUCUCGUUUGCGCUGCUGAUUAUCGUGACAAUUGGUCUGAUUGUCACGAUAUUAACGAUUAGUGUGGUCCAUCAGAUGGUGUAA